AUGAUCCGUCUUGUAAUAGCACUUGCAGCUCAAAGACAAUGGACAAUCUACCAGCUGGACGUGAAGUCAGCCUUCCUGCAUGAGGAAUUAAAUGAGGAAGUGUUUGUUGAGCAGCCUCAAGGUUAUGUGCGCAAGGCCAAUGAAAAGAAAGUCUAUAGGCUCAAAAAGGCUUUAUAUGGACUUAAGCAAGCUCCACGAGCUUGGUAUAGUCGUAUAAAGGCUUAUUUCAUGAAGGAAGGAUUUGAAAGAUGUCAUUAUGAACACACUUUGUUCACAAAGACAGCAAAGGAAGGUAAAAUUCUAAUUGUGAGUCUUUAUGUUGAUGAUCUCAUAUUUACUGGCAAUGAUGAAUCUAUGUUUGCUGAGUUUAAGAGAUCAAUGAAGCUUGAGUUUGACAUGACUGAUCUUCGGAAGAUGAGGUAUUUUCUUGGUAUAGAAGUAUGCAAGGACCUAAUGGAAUAUCAUUAG